GGGAAAUGGGAAUUCGCAUUAAGCCAAUCAAUAUUGUUUUAUUUUGGCUAAGAAUAUAUUUCGAUAUACAAAAAAGUUUCAUAUGAAAUUAUAUAGAAAAUGUAAAAUAAUAAAUAUUAAAAUGAAAACGAAAGUAUUUGCUUUUUCCCAAUAAGUGUAAUUAUUAAAAGAAAAAACAUUUAUUAACAUUUUUUCUUUUCUUAAAAAGAAAGGUUUUUAUAUCUCAAUAAAAACAGCUACCGAUUUCUUACUAUAUGUGUAUUUUACCAAGUGUUAUUUACUUCGAGUCAAUUAAUUUGUUAUAGGAUAAUGAACUUUAAUCUUUACUGACCACCAAUAGUUAAUUAAACAUAAAUACCUCGCCUGAAAUACCUAACCAACAUUUGAAAUUAUCACAUUUUAUAAAAUUUAAAUUAAAAGCAAGCAAUGACUUUAAUGUCUUUUAAUGUAUGCAUCACACAUUUUCAAAGAAAGAUAUCCAAAAUUACUGAAAAACUAUUUUUACUUUUAAUACCAUGUAAAUUCCUGUUUUAAAAGGUUAAUGCAAAUAAGAUUUUGCACUUGGACUGCCGAAAAUAAUUUUUUUGAUCACUACCAUACACUAACAGACGACGAUACCAGAUUUUAUAAAAUCUAUAUUCUGAUCGGAGAGUUUUUUUGUGGGUGCUAAAUGUUUUUCCGUUCCAUGAAUGGACCUCGUUAGAAAUUCUAUUCUGCUGCCCGAUGAGCUGUUUUUGGCCUUCAGUCGCUGUUUGGGAUACCAGCAGGAACUGAACGCAGCAGCUACAACCGAAGAUCCCAGCAGGGGCAACUUCCCGAGAACCUUUCCCAGUAGUGACGACGAUAGCUACGAUCCUUGCCCCAUAAUCAAUACGUUCUCAAUGCGACGUAACCCCUUCGAACCGCCGCAGGAACCCCUUUAUCGAUCCACACUCAGUGCCAGCAGUCAGAAUGGGACUUCAAUGACAGAGAAAGUGCUUUUACCCUCUUGUAGCAAAGUAGACGACUAUCAAUGUUGCAAUUUGCAAGAGGGCCCGAAUAAUAGUUCACUACUAAAGUGUUCCAACGAUAAGCUCUUGCCACAGCAGAUAAUCCCAGUAGAUCCAAAAUACUUUCAAUCUGCAGUCGCCCCAUUCCAGCAGUUCCAACGUAAUGUUUCUCGAUCCCAAAGCGCCCCCAAAUCAAAUGCCACUAAUAAAGCGAAUAAAUCUGAUAAGUUAGAUUACCAUAGCACUUUGCAUACCGACUCGGUUACAAGGACAACAUUAAAGCAGCCCAUUGUUCGUAAUCCUUGCGAAUUGAAUGUACCAGGUGGAAAUCCUUAUCCCGGAACCACAAUGGAUCGCAGUUCAAGAAAUAACACCUCAACCGAUUAUGAUGAUGCCUCCCUAGUUGGUAUGAACUAUGCCGAGUUUCAAAGACAUCGAAAGAUGUUGCAAAAAAUUCAGCAGCAGAAGGCACACCAGCAAAAUCAGUCCAAUAUAUCUUGGAUGCAAUGCGAAGAACCGAUUGUAUUUAAACCAGAUCUCAAUAGUACAAGAAUAUGCCAUGAUGAUGGUCCCCAGCAAUCGGUAGGGAAGUGCCAAAAGCAAUCUCCGCGGCAUCAACAGAUUUCUGAUUGUCAGAUCAGUAACACAAGUUGCAAGCCUCAAAGAACGGGCCAAUCAAUGUAUUAUCAAACUCCGGAAAUGCAACGUAGACAAAUGCAGAGUGAAUCACCGCAAAUUCAGGGACGACAAAUUCAGUGCGAAUCCCGAUUUAAUAACACAAGUUAUCAGCAGCCGCCUGAGACUUUAAGAAAUGCUAGAUAUUGCCCGCAGCCGAAACAGAAUCUCAGUCAAAAUCGAUGUCAAAUCUCCGAGGAAAUGCAUCAUGAUGUCUCUUUGAAUCGGACACCGCUUUGUCCACAAUCCAUCUGCCAGAGUCAAACAUCUCACACCAUUCCUAGCUGUGGUAAUCAAAGAUCUACACCUUGCGAAAGAACUUUGGAAAUAAAGCAAACCUUUCCCUGCCGAGAUAAUACAGUUGCCUCAAGAAAUCAAACCCCAAGGGACAUGUCCCGAACUAUGUCAGAAAGAUCGUGCUUGAAUCAAACUUCAUUGAAUAAAACCAAUUGUAAUACUUCUUUGGGAGGACGAUCUAUGCGAGUGCCCAGUAAAACACCUGAGGAUCGUCUAGCCGAGCGCAUUCAGGAUGAGUUCCACGAGACCUUGGUGAAGGACCGCUUUUGUCCGGGCAUUAUACAAGAUAGUCUGGACGGUCGUGAGAAUUUUAACGAGUACGCCCGAGAGAUCGCUUUUGCUGGACCUGUUCCGGCCAAGCCAUUUCCGGUGGAUCCCAUUACCAUGAUAGAAGCUAUUAAGUUACGGAUCGAUUACGAACGUAGGGAGAUUCGUAAAGAAAAAGAUCUUAUUGAGGGGCGAGAAAGGGACUUAAGACAUCAAUCCAGAGAUGGAAAGUCAAGGCGAUCCCGGCCAAUAAUCGACGAGGAUAUUGAUUUACAUUUUAGCAACAAGAAUAAGUCGGAAGUCAAUGAGGGCGUGGCAGCCUUUUUGAAGGCCGAAACCGAAUAUCACAGUACCAAUUUGGGAGGGGAUUCCUCUUUUGAUGCUCAUAUCACCAGCUUUGCAAGUAAUCUCUUUGAUGAAAAAAUUAAAAUCAAUUCCUACACGGCCACUACGACGCCGACAUAUCGUUGAUUUGAUCUAGAUUGCCAAUCGAAAUAUUUAUUGAGACUGCAGCUAGUGAGUAAAAUGGAAGUUUAUUUGGCACGUUACACAUAUUCCAAUAAAUGUAGUGUUAAACCAUGA